AACUUUGUUGGUUUACAUGCAUGAAGCCGUCCGGUGUGAAAUUCGUCAGUUCGGCGACCGCAAUUUCACUUUCGUAAAGGCGCUUUCUCGUUUUGUCACUUUCGAAAAAAAAAUCAUUACUUGUGUGAAUCAAACCCGUUUUCGUUUAUAGUAAAUUCCAUUGAAAAGUGUUAAAUAAUUUUCGUGAACCGUGUAUGGUAUUUGUUUCACGGUAAAUGGAUUUUUAUCAAAAAAUAUGGUGUAUACCGAAGGAUAUUUGAAGGAGAAGCUGACCAAGGAUUUGGACGCCGUUCACGUCGAGGUGACGGAUGACAGUGACGGCUGUGGCGCGAAGUUCUCUGUGCUCAUCGUGUCGGACAAGUUCCAGGGGAAGCCGCUACUUGCACGACAUAGAUUGGUGAACACAGUACUGCAAGAAGAACUGAAGAGUAUACACGCAUUCACGCAAAAGACUCUCACGGUUGAACAGUGGAACGCGCAGAAGUCUUGAAAUGUAAUAUGGAAAUAAUAAUGAAGUAGAACAAAAUA